UGCUGCAGAGUGUGUGUGUCAGUGUGAGGAUGAGGGUGCAGCAGCAUGCUCUUUGGCUCUGGUUCCCCUGCCAGCCUCUCCAGCAGCAGCCUGAGCCUGAGCAUCCUCCUUGCUGAGGCCAAGAGUGCAGGACCAGAAGGGGACCCCAGGAGGAGGAGGGAGAAGGCUGAGGAUGAUGGCUCGGCUGCCUGGGGCUGGCUGCUCCCUGUGGCUGCUGGUGCUGGCAGUGCCAUGCCUGCUGCAGCGUGCCCAGGUGAGGAAGCCCUUCCGAUGCCCAGCCACUUGCACCAGCUGCACCAAGGAGUCCAUCAUCUGCGUCGGAUCUGCCAGUGUCCCCCGCAGCAUCCCUGCUGACAUCAGCUCCCUGAGCUUGGUAAAUGGAACCUUUGCUGAAAUAAAAGAAAGAAUGUUUUCUCAUCUGCCUUCCCUGCAAUUGCUACUGAUGAAUUCUAAUUCAUUUACAAUUAUACGGGAUGAUGCCUUUGGUGGUCUUUUCCAUCUGGAGUACUUAUUUAUCGAAGGCAACAAAGUAGAAACUAUUUCAAGGAACGCCUUUCGUGGGCUCCGAGACCUGACACACCUUUCUUUGGCCAAUAACCAGAUCAAAGCUCUGCCAAGGGAUGUCUUCGGUGAUUUAGAUUCUUUGAUUGAACUAGAUUUAAGGGGAAAUAAGUUUGAAUGCGACUGCAGAGCCAAAUGGUUGUUUUUGUGGUUAAAGAUGACAAAUUCUACUGUUUCUGAGGUCCUGUGUAUUGGUCCAGAAGAAUUUCAAGACAAGAAGUUAAAUGAUGUCUCAAGUUUUGAUGAUGAAUGUACCACUACAGAUUUUGUGGUCCAUCAGAUUUUACCCUAUGAGUCAGUUUCAGUUGACACCUUCCACUCAAAAAAUGAUGUGUAUGUAGCCAUUGCUCAGCCCAGCAUGGAAAACUGCAUGGUGCUAGAAUGGGAUCACAUUGAGAAGAACUUCAGGAGUUAUGACAACAUUACAGGUCAAUCCAUAGUGGGAUGCAAAGCUAUCUUGAUUGAUGAUCAAGUUUUUGUGGUGGUUGCUCAACUUUUUGGUGGCUCACACAUUUACAAGUAUGAGGAAAACUGGACAAAAUUUGUCAAGUUCCAGGACAUAGAAGUUUCCCGAAUUUCAAAGCCAAAUGAUAUAGAGCUUUUUCAGAUAGAGAGCGAAACAUUCUUUGUCAUUGCGGAUAGCUCAAAAGCUGGGUUGACGACAAUUUAUAAAUGGAACAACAAGGGGUUCUACUCUUAUCAAUCCCUGCACGAAUGGUUUCGGGACACAGAUGCUGAGUUUGUUGAUAUAGAUGGAAAAUCUCAUCUGAUCUUGUCAAGCCGUUCACAGAUUCCCAUUAUCCUUCAAUGGAACAAAAGCUCCAAAAAGUUUCUCCCACACAGUGAGAUCCCCAACAUGGAAGAUGUGUUGGCUGUGAAAAGCUUUCGAAUGCAGGACACUCUCUACAUCUCGCUCACAAGAUUUAUUGGUGACUCAAGAGUGAUGAAGUGGAAUAGCAAACAAUUUGUGGAGAUACAGGCUCUCCCUUCUCGGGGAGCCAUGACUCUUCAGCCUUUCUCCUUUAAGAAUCAUUAUUACCUGGCCUUGGGAAGUGACUAUACGUUCUCUCAAAUUUUCCAGUGGGAUGAUGAGAAGAAGCUCUUUAAAAUAUUUAAGGAGAUCUAUGUGCAAGCACCUCGCUCCUUCACAGCUGUGUCAACAGAUAGAAGAGAUUUUUUCUUUGCUUCUAGUUUUAAAGGCCACACACAAAUAUUUGAACACAUAAUCGUUGAUUUGAGUUUAUGAAGGAGCUCUGGGAUGGCAGUGGGAGGGAGAAACCCACACAUAAUGACCUUUUCAUAUGAAAAAACAAGUGGGAAAGACAGAUUAUUCACUUCCUGAGAACAGGAGAUACCUAUGGUAUUAGUCAGCAGUUUUCUGAACUUUUUAGAAGUUUGCAUAUUUAAUCAGGGAUUGCAUUAACUUGGUUUAACUGCAUGCCAUGCCCAUGUUACCAUUGGUAAAGAUACUGUAAAACUUACUAUUACUCUGAGAAGGAGUGCGAUGCAUUAAAAUUAAUCCUAACAAAUCAAAAACAGUGAUGCGAAAUUGAAGAAGGGGAUGGUAAACCAGAACAGACAGGACAGGCCCUGUGUGAAAGAAAAGAAGAUCAAAGCCCCUUUUCUAAGCCAACUUUUCCAGAACUGGAAUUUAAUAAGUGACUCCACAUAUUUGACUGUAAUGUGUAAAGGUGACCAUGCCAAGAGGGAAAAAAAGCCUAUCAGGGACAAGGAUAUGGUAGGCAUCCCUUGGCAUUGCCAGAGGAAACGGAAACAGAUCUGCUUGCUGGCCUUUCAGACAGCUAUCACUAGAGGGGCCUCUGGAGUUGUGAUAUUCAAAGCAGAGGUCCCUGUGCCAGUGCCACCAGUCCACAAGCAAUUGGCUGCCAGUCUGCAGAGCAAUUCCAAGGAAGGAAGAAAAAGUUGUAGCCAGUAGGAAUAAUUAUGGUACCAUUCACUGGAACACCAGAGAAGAACAACUGUUGUGGUCUCCCUCAUCCAAAAGCUGAGGAGCACUUCUCUAGGAGACCUUAGUGUAUUCUGAUUUUGUGAAAGCUGAUUAUGUUUGUUAAAUGUUGACUGCCUAAUCUGCUUUAAGGGAGGAGGAAACAGGACACGUGUGAUCCAUUCCCUAAACAUCUCACCAAAGUGGCUAGCUCAUGGCAGAUCUGCAUUGAGUGUGAUCAAGCUCUGGUUGAUUCAGAGUCUGAUUUAGAGCCCACCUUUGUUCAUACAAUGAUUUUAAUGGCCUAACCACAUUGAAUGAAUGGCACAUACUGUAUGCUACUUCCAGCCCAUGUCUCCCUGAGAGUGUUUUGCAAAGAUGUGUGGUAUGUGAUAACAUCACAUCCAGCAUUUCACUAUUCUAGCUGUUACAUCAGCUGUUCCCUCCGAUUGCCUCUGAUCCAGGCAAAGUUAAACUUCCCAGUCUCAUUAAUUUAAAUGGGAAUGUAUGACACACUUGUUUAAUGCUCCUAUUGAUAGAUGUGGGAAUUUAUAGUCCUUAUCUUUGGCUGGAUCUUGUGGCAUCAAUUCUUCUUUAUCUCUUUCGUGUUCUUUAUCUCUUUCUUUCUGGUUAAAUUUAAUAUGACCUGGCCACUAGAACUUGGGUUUUGGUACCUUUCAUGCUGUUGGUCAUUUUGUGUCUUUUUGCUUUGUUUAUCUGUUUUAUUAAUUCCAUGGUUAAGACACUUUCCCAUUUGGAUUUCACAAAAGCUGAACGGACUUCCAUUCAAAUUAUGAUUAGGCAAUUGGAUUAGGCCUAAUGUGUGAAUGGGAAUACUAUAUGCACAAGUAUUUCUAAAGUGCAAAUGGGCUGUGUAUGCAACUAGUUACCAAGAUAAGAAGAAAGAAAUUACACACACACACACACACACACACACACACACACACACCCCAUCACUGAGUAGUGUGAGGAUGAAGGGGACUGGAUUAUAUUGUUCUUUGUAUUUUAUUUUAAAUUUAUUUAUUUAUAUUAGCAUUGACUAUUUCCCCCCAGAAUAAAACAUGUUUGAAAAUAGGAGCAUGACAGUCAUAACAGUGGCAACACACUAACCUCAAACUUAAAAGGCUUACAAAUGUUAGCUAUUUCACUAUACUGUCCACAUUGUACCUUUGUUCGUUCUCUCUCUCUCUCUCUCUCUCUCUAU